GUUUAUUUUGGGACUGUCAUGGCGUGCGGUCCUUGCAUUCGGAGCCGGGAGGGGGGUCGAGUGGGGCGCGACGCAAAGCGGCCGCUUUGACACUCCGGGCUGCGACAAGCAGGCAGCAGCCGGACCGAGCGACGGCCGCCCGCCAGCACCACCGGAUCAGGGGAACCUGCCUGCUGCGCUUCAGCCGCCAAUCGCAAGCCGGAGGUCCAGGUGCUCAUGGCGGUCGCUUACGGAGCAGCCAUCCCGGCCGGAUUCUUUCCCCUUCCGUACCCGCCCCCUUUGUUCCCCAAGCCCGGCAAAGACAACGCGCGUCUCCAGAAGCUGCUGAAGCGCAAUGCCAAAAAGAAGACAUCCGGGCAGGCGGCGGCGGCGCAGGCGGCCGCCCCGUUCCGUUCCAGCCUCUCCCCCGUCGACGAAGCCAGCCCCGACCUGGAGCGCAGCGAACCCUCCACGCCACCCAAAACCCCCGAGGCGUCCUACGGCUUCUACGGCGCCCGGCCGUCGUCCCGCUUCGCCGCUCGGCCGCUCUAUCAGCAUGUGGCGUCGCCGUACCCGCGGCGGGCGGCCUCCUCUCGAGCGGGCAGGUUCUCGCCUCGGGCGCUCGCCUCGCCGCCGCACCCGCAGCACCCUGCGAUACUCUACUCAAGUUCUCUGCACCGAGCGGCGCCCCCGCCAAUGGCGCCUGUCCGGCCGGUGCCCGACCGGCCGAUGCCCUCCGUCAUCGCUUCUCCCUUGCCUCAGCCGAGCGUUCCUCCCGCAGCGUUGAAAACCCCAGAUUGGAGUCCCUUUCCAGGAGCUCCCAGACUGGCUGUAGCCCCGCCAACCCGGCCGAAACCAGCCAGCCCCGAUCCAACCUCCCAUCCGCCGGCGGCGGCGGCUCAGGCUUUGACUAGGCCUCUCACGGUGCUAACUCAGUUCAUCAAGCCCAAAAGUCCUCGUCCAACAUUCAAAGCCACCGAGCCUCCGAAAUCUCCCAAGUCCAUGUUUGAGGUCCCCCAAAUCCGCCUGUACACGGCCAAUACGUCCUACUACGAGACUACGUGCAGGACGCCGCCCGUCUACGACGCAGUCGCCCUCAGCGCCAUCGGCGGCACUGUCGCCACGGAAAGCAACCGAGAGGCAAGUCCAGCUUUUCAAGCCCUCGGGAGGUCCGUCACCCCAAGUCCUUUCGUCGCCUCGGAAGCGCAAUCAAAAACACCAAGCGCAGAUGUGACGAGGCAAACGGCAAAAGUGGAGAUAAACGUCACCGUGGCUCCGACCAUCGAGAUAAGGAGAGCCACGCCCACGUCGGACAAAGGAGACCAAACGCCGAUCCGGGAAACGCAAUCACCGAGGUGCCUCGCGGGGCGUCCGAGAACCCCGGCCAAGCGUGCUGCGACGCCAGUCUUUGAGAUUUCCAAACCCAACCCCCUCUUGUUUGCGGUGUCACCAGUGACGACGGAGCCAGAGAGGUCCGGAACCCCCAACACGAGAGCCGAGACUCCCGAGAUUGCGAGGGUUCUGAAUGCGGAGGUCCACGCAAGCUUCCCAUUGAUGAUCACAAAGUCCAAAUCCGAAUCCGAUCUUACCAGGACUCCAACAGCCGAGCUAACAGCCGCAGUGACGUCCUUUGGGUCUCGGAGGCCUAACACUCCAACCUACGAGGCGUCCCGGUUGAUCAGCUCAUCUCCGGCUUUUAAAAGACAAAGAACUCCCACCUAUGGGAUCUCCCCCCAUGCUGGACUUUCGUCCUUCCAGAGGUCAAAGACCCCAACUCUAGUGGGGCCCAGAAGCAAGUCCGCCUACCGCGGACUGAUGCCUGGAGAGUACGCGGCUUACGGUGGAAUCAGAACCCACACACCGGCCUUCGGAAUGACAGGGUCUCAGGACGCGGCCUCGGAUGAGGUCGCAGCCGCCCCGAGUAAAACCCGAGAACCGAUCGUUGCAGAAGUCAAAGAAAACCCUAAAUCUGAGGACAAGGUCUCUGCCACCCCAACAAUUCCCCUGAUUGUCGUUUCUCAGAGACCCAAACGCUCUGUCGUGACACCAAAGAUGGUCCCUCCAACGCUACCAAAGAAACAACAGCAACAGAUCCAGGAAACACCAAAGGGCAAACUUCCAACCGCGGACGCCAGAUCUCCCGCACGCCAGAAGACGGACGUGCAAAAACCUCCUGCGGCCAAACAAGCUCCUCCCCCGCCCGGUAAAGACCCUCUGAAGGCAGUCAGAAAGCUUCUUGGCAAAGAGGAAGUCGCGCGGGCAAAUGCUGACGAGCCGCUGAAAGUCCCCGAGGGUGAGAGGGCAAAAGCAAAAUCCGUCCAAAGUCAAGACCAGGACGACAAGGCCGGAAAACCCGCAGAUGUCCAGAAGGCGGGGGCACAGAAAUCCAAAACGAGCGGCUGGUCCAGACUGAAGAAGCACAUGGUGGUGGAGCAGGAGGAGCCUUUGUUUCCACAGAUGGACGGAGCGGGCCGGGACCGGGACCGGAGCCAGGGGGCUCACGCCGCCGGCUCCGCUCCCCCGAAAGCCACCAAGAUGUGGGACGCCGUCCUCUUUCAGAUGUUCUCCAGCAAGGAGAACAUCAUGCACCAGAUCGAGCUGAAGAAGAAGGAUGAGCAGCAGAGGACGGAGGGCAAGAAGGACGAGGACCAGACCAAGAAGGAGGCCAAGGAAAUCCCGUCCUUUGCCUACCGCCUGCCCAUCCUGCUCUUCAGCCCCAAGUUUGACGCCAAGAAGCUGAAGGAGGCGGCGUCCGGACCCCUCACCAAGUUCUCCACCGUCUUCGAGAUGGGUCUGAUCGGACGCAAGGCGAAAGACGACGAACCCAAAGACUUUAACCGAACGGCCCGAGGCUUCGGCUUCUCAUAAGGAGCCAGGCGGGCACGUGGACCGUUUCGGGAGAUGUUGGCCGACGAAAAGUUUGCGUGUGGGGGCUGGGCUUAACGUCGUCGCCGGGGCCCGGUUGGCCUCGUUUGGACUUGACGUCGUUUGUCCCGCGUUAUUAAAAGCUUUGAUGUU